AUGAAACCAGAGUUGGGGACCCCCCUCUGGGGGCUGCUGCUGCUGCUGCUGGUGUGCAGGCAGGGGGCCUCCAGGGUGGGACCCCCAGAAGACACCUUCUUCUAUGGGACCUUCCCUCGGGGCUUCUCCUGGGGCGUGGGCAGUUCUGCCUUCCCGACGGAGGGCGCGUGGGACCAGGAUGGGAAGGGGCCCAGCAUCUGGGACGACUUCACCCGGCGCAAGGCAGGGAGCCCUCCUGGACACGGGCAGGCCCAGGGGCCUGGUGACGGCUACAAGGCCCAGGAGGAUGUGGGCCUGCUCCGGAGCCUGGGCGUGAGCCAUUACCGAUUCUCCGUGUCCUGGCCCCGACUCCUGCCCACGGGGGUCCGCGCCGAGCAGGUGAAUGAAAAGGGGGUCCGGCUCUACAGUGACCUCAUCGACACCCUGCUGAGGGACAAUAUCACCCCAAUUGUGACCCUGAACCACUGGGACCUGCCGCAGGCACUGCAGGCUAGGUUCAGCGGCUGGCAAAAUGUGAGCAUGGCUGCCUACUUCCGUGACUUCGCUGAUCUGUGCUUCGAGGCCUUUGGGGACCGGGUGAAGUACUGGAUCACAUUCAGUGACCCUGUGACAAUGGUGGAAAAGGGCUACGAGACUGGGGUCCACGCGCCAGGUCUGAAGCUGCCGGGGACAGGCCUGUACCAGGCUGCACACCACAUCAUAAAGGCCCACGCCCGAGCCUGGCAUUCUUACAACAGCACCUGGCGCAGCAAACAACGAGGGCUGGUGGGGAUUUCGUUGAACUGCGCCUGGGGGGAGCCCCUGGACAUCAGUGACCCUAAGGAUGUGGAAGCUGCCGAGAGAUACCUCCAGUUCUGCCUGGGCUGGUUUGCCAACCCCAUUUAUGCUGGGGAUUACCCCCAAGUCAUGAAGGACCAAAUUGGGAGAAAGAGCGCAGAACAAGGGCUGGACACGUCCAGGCUCCCGCGCUUCUCGCGCCAGGAGAAGAGCUUCAUCAGGGGCUCCUCUGACUUCCUGAGCUUAGGCCACCUGGCUACCCGCUACAUCACAGCCCGCAGCCUCCCCUCGCGCCUCGGGCCCAGCUACCGGAACGAUCGUGACCUGGUGGAGCUGGCUGACCCCGUGGGGCCCGAGCUGGGGUCCACACGGCUCCACUCUGCGCCCUGGGGGCUCAGGAGGCUCCUCAACUUUGCUCAGACUCAGUACGGAGACCCUCCCAUAUAUGUAACAGAGAACGGAGCACCUCAGAAAUUUUAUGGGACACAGUUGUGUGAUGAGCAGAGGAUUCACUACCUCAAAGGCCACAUAAAUGAAAUGCUAAAAGCCAGAAAAGACGGCGUCUCUGUGGAAGGGUACACCGCGUGGCCUCUGCUGGACACCUGGGAGUGGGGGGAAGGACUCUCUGAGAGAUACGGAUUCUUCUACGUCGACUUGAACGACAGAAAUACACCGCGCUACCCCCGGGCUUCUGUCGAAUUCUACAGGAGGAUCAUGGCGGCCAGUGGCUUCCCCAGCCCCAGAGAGGUGGAAAGUUGGCACGCCAAAGCCUUGGAAACUUGCUUUGUCAGCACCCAGAUGCUUGCUGCAGAAGCUGUGCGGGGCCCCAUGCAGAUGGUGACUGAGGUCGUGGUCCCGACCGUCUGUGCCCUCUGUGUCCUGCUCGCUGCAGUUCUCCUGGUGCUCCUCCUGCGGAGACACGGCUGA